AUGCGCUCCAUAUUCUAUUCGCUCUUGUCGCUGGCGACGAUUGCCUCCACACUCGCACGGUCAGACGAUGCAGCGGCAGCAGUAAAGAGGGCUGAUGCGGAUGAAGAUUGGGAAGAGAAGACGCCCGAUACAAUCUUCAACGGCCAGACAGUGCCACCUUUGCCAGUGCUUGACAUCAAGACUCUCGACAAGGCGAUUGGAAAAGGCAACUGGCUCGUAGAGUUCUUCUCGCCCUCAUGUCCACACUGCAGACAGUUCGCGCCCACAUACCAGACCGCCUACGAGUUCUACUACACAUCCAAGCCGAUCGACGCCAAAGGCGAACCCGAGGGCGACUCCCUCAACUCCUUCAAGCGAUUUUACGACUUCAACUUCGCCAAGGUCGACUGCAUAGCCUCCGCCGACCUGUGCGCCGCCAACAACGUCAUGAGCUACCCUUCGAUGAUCUAUUUCCGCGAUGGAACCGAGGUUCAGAGACAAAGAGGUUCGAAGGAUAUGAAGGAACUGAGCACCUGGGUCGAACAGCUGCUUGAGACGAUUCGUCCUGGAUCACGCAAGGAGGGCGGACCCAAGCUGCCCAAGGCUGGUGACAAAGCUGUUGAAGUUGGCCCGGAUACCGAGGAGGUUGUGAAGGAGCAGGAGAAGGAGGACGUCAAGGUCAAGGAAGCUGUUAGCUCCAAGCUCGAGAGCUUGAAGAACGUGCCCACCAAAGUGGACUCUCCAGCUGCUACACCCACAAGGGCCACCCCUGCUAAGGCUGUCUCGACUUUCAACCCGUCCGGUAUCUCUGAGCCUCUUACCGCGGAGAAGUUCCAGACUGUCAUCACCAAUACCCUCGAUCCCUGGUUCGUCAAGUUCUACGCGCCUUGGUGCCACCACUGCCAGGCUCUUAAGCCAAACUGGGACAAUAUGGCGCGCCAGAUGAAGGGCAAGCUCAACAUCGGUGAGGUCGACUGCGAUGUUGAGAAGAGACUCUGCAAGGAUGCCAAGGUCAAAGGAUAUCCUACCAUGCUCUUCUUCCGCGGUGGCGAGCGCAUCGAGUACGAAGGCCUUCGCGGCCUGGGCGACUUGCUCGACUACGCCAACAAAGCGACCUCAGUAGGCGCCGGUGUUGAAGAGGUUGAUGCCGCAAGCUUCAAGGCUCUUGAGGAGAAAGAGGAGGUCAUCUUCGUCUACUUCUUCGACCACGCCACUACAUCCGAAGACUUCAUGGCACUCGAGCGCCUCACUCUAAGCCUGGUUGGCAAGGCCAAGAUCGUGAAGACCAACGACAAGGCCAUGUCAGAACGCUUCAAGAUCUCCACCUGGCCUCGCCUCAUGGUCUCCCGUGACGGCAAGCCCACCUACUACCCUCCUAUCACGCCAAAGGAAAUGCGCGAUACCCGUCAAGUGUUAACCUGGAUGAAGUCCGUUUGGCUUCCGCUCGUCCCCGAGCUCACUUCCUCUAACGCCAAGGAUAUCAUGGAUGGCAAGAUCGUAGUCCUUGGCAUCCUCAGCCGCGCCCGUUCCGAUGAGUUCAUUUUGUCCAAGCGCGAGAUGAAGACCGCUGCGAUUGAGUGGAUCGACAAGCAGGACGCACUUUUCCAGCUUGAGCGCCAGGAGCUGCGCCAGUCGAAGCAACUUCGCAUUGAGGAGGCCGAAGACAGAGAGGACGACCGCGCUCUGAGGAAUGCCAAGGGUAUUCGCAUCAACAUGGACGCAAUCGAGCGCCCGCGUGUUGGAUUUGCAUGGGUCGAUGGCGUUUUCUGGGAGCGUUGGGUCAAGACCACUUACGGUGUCGAUGUUAAGGAGGGCGAGAGGGUCAUCAUCAACGAUGAAGACAACCGCCGCUUCUGGGAUACUACUAUCUCCGGCGAGCCCAUUCGACCGUCGCGCACCUCGAUCCUGGAAACUAUUGGCAAAGUGACCCAGAACCCACCCCAGAUUCGGGCAAAAUCCACAACCGGCCGCGUCUCGGGCUUCUUCCUCAGCCUUAACAGCUUCGCCUGGCACCACCCUGUCUUGGCCAUUUUCGGCACCAUUGGCUUGAUUCUCACAGCACUGCUCGCAGGCAAGAAGUUGAGGAGACGUGGAAACGCCGGCUACUUCCAGCUUGGUGAGAAGGAUGGACUCCUUGGUGGUAUCAGCAGCGGCAACGGCGGAGCGAAGCACGACUAG